CGUGUUUGCUGUGAGCUGCGAGCGAACGGAAUCGAAACGAAAAGCCAAGAGAACGGAGCUCAAGCCAGAAAACCUAGGGAUAGGCGGACGAACAGACAGACAGACAAACAAAGGGGCCACCAAAUAAUAAUUAAUUUUCCUCGGCUGAGUUAAUUCUGCGAAUAUUUCGGCGAAAAUUCCAUAAGUGAUUUCCCCGUCGUUUGAGUGCGUGCCAAAGAAAAGUAGGUUACGGCGGAAGGAAUUCUGAGGUCGGACGGUCGGUGGCUCGUGAAAAGCAAGCGUUCACAAUUUGUUCGUGUGCAUGUGUGUUGGCCACUGGGUGCCGAGAAAAUGCAGUGCGUGUGCCACAAAGGCGAAAAAGGCAAAGUGCAAAUGGCUUGAUAGCAAAUAGCAAAUGAACGAACCAGCCCGUUACCCAAAUACUUCGAUUCAUAAUCUCUCCAGCCGACAAGGGAAAAGUGAUAUUUUUACAACUGUGGCCUGCUUUUUGCCCAGUCCGAAGUAAUCCACACAGACACUUACACACACUCACACAGACAAACGGGGGGUUAACAGACAUAAACACACACACACAAACGACAACUAUAUAGCAAUAUAUGCCCAUUGAGUGCCUUAUAUCAUUUGAUAAUAAUCCACAAGGUGUCUACUAUGCCGGACAGGAGCUAUCCGGCGUUGUUGAUCUCAGCGUCGACGCCACAAAGCGCAUUAAAGGCAUCCACGUCACCGUCAGCGGGUAUGCCAAGAUACGCUGGAUAAAAAAGGGAUAUCCGCGCGACAGCGAGCGCUCCAUGUGCCGUGCCUACCGAUCGUACCUGUCCUCGCGGUCCUACGUCCUCGGAUCCUGCGCGAACAACUCGAGCAUCGACUGGCCGGCCGGCGAGUACUCGUACACCUUCCAUGUCAUUCUGCCCGACAAUCUGCCCACGUCCUUCGACGGCAAGUAUGGCCAGAUCCACUACGAGAUCAUAACGACCAUCGAACGGGCCGGCCGCUACCCGAAGGUCUUCAAGCUGCCAUUUACAGUGAUACAACCGUUGGACUUGAACGCCGAUGCUAUUUACAGGGUUCCACUAGAGAUCCUCGAUCGGAAGCGCUUCUGGAGCUUUUGCUGCCCCACUGGACCGUUGACAGUGAAGUUUUCGACUCCGUACUGCGGAUAUGCUCCUGGUCAGAAGAUCCACUUCGUGCUGUACAUCAACAACGAGUCCUCGAUCGACAUAACCGAGUGCGAGGUCAAGUUAAAGCAGGAGGUGAGCUACGAGUCGCAUGAUCCGCAGCACGAGUACCGCUACGACAAGCACCUGAUCGCCCGGAAGCAGUUCGGGAACGUACUGAGAUGGUCGAGGAAGGUGUACCGUGGGUAUCUGGACCUGCCUUCGAUACCGCCAACUUCGGUGAAGCCCACGUGCCCCAUUAGCGUUAACUAUUCGAUUAAGAUCAUUGUGAACCCCACGGAGUUCCACUGGAAGCUGAAGUUGAAGAUCCCGCUGACCAUCGGCAGUAUUCCGAUCAUGGAUGGCCCGGAGGCCCUGCUGCGAUUUAAUCGCCAGCAGCAACAGCACCAAGUAGUUAGUCAAAAUUUACAAAUGUCGACGCAGCAGCGGCAACGUCAAAGGGAUCGGGACAGAGAUAGGGAUAGGGAUCAAAACUUGGAUCGUGAUAGAGAUAGAGAUCGAGAUCGGGACCGGACAAGUGCCUCAGUUCAGCAGCGACGUCUUAGCAGCAUCAACAACAACAAUCAUGGACGCCUCGUGGGUGGACUACUGCCGACCAAUAGCAAUAUGAAUAUGAUAGUGAAUGCCAGUCCCACGCCCACGAGCUCCACGCCCUCAUCUACGCCAACGACUGCCGCCCUCAGGCCCACGGCUAUGCCAGCAAUAUUGGUGACCAGCGAUAGCGAUAAUCCCCCGGACUAUAUACCGAUGAUGCCGCCCUCGUAUGAAGAUGCCAUGGCUCUGAGUGAGAAAUUCAGCGAUGAUACUGAGUUCUUGACCAACGUUAGCAUGAGCAGUAUUUUGUCCGCUCAGGCUGAUGUUACCACAAGUGAGCCCUUUAAGCCGCGUUAUCCGGUCUAUUACGAUUAUGAGACACCGACCAUACCGCCCGAGACGCUCUACGAUGAGUCCAGUUCCCAGCUGCGUCUCACACUCAGCUGCCAGGAUUCGGCGCCACCGGAAACGGAGAUGGAUGAGGAGGUUACCACGAAUACAGCCGGAGGAGAGUCCUUUGCCUGCGAGAAGAAAUGAGACGGACUGGGAUCAAACGAAAUGGAAAGAGCUGCAUCAAAUGUUAACCAAUAAGGCAACCGCAACAACAACUUACAUAUUUACUCGAAAUCAAAAUAUUAUAGAAAUCGAUAAUUCAAACCAAGGCGCUAACGUAUAGUAGUACAUAAGUCUGAGGCGUAAAUGAAAAUUGGAUAUAGCAAAUCGAAUACAUUUUUAUAGAACCAAACCGAAAAAGGUAUAUAUUUUGCAGAAGGAUUAAAGCUGUCAACGCUAAGAUGGAUUUACUUUUAAACUUAUUUAGGUUUUUUCGAAAUAAGGGCAAAAUAUAUUUAUAAUUUUUUUAUCCAACCUCUCUUCUAUUAAUCCUCAGCUUACUCUUACCUCUCCUCUUCCCUAGUCUUAGUUUCUUAAGCUAAAUGACUUGUUUUCCUUUUGAUAAAUAUUGCAAAUUGUAAGAAGAUUGAGUAUACAAUAGGGCCAUAGCACAGUGAUCGCUGGCUACAUAUAUACGAACAACGUAGUGAAAAGUUAGAUGAAAUCCCUUAGCCCUUAAGACUAAGAUAAAACCCAAACAAAUUCUGCACAAUUUUACCCAAAGGAGAGUCGAAACUAAAUACGAAAUUAACAUUUUCCAAUAUUAAAAAAUUGUAUUUAUAAAGUAUCUAUGAGAAAUUUACAAGCAAAGAUUAGCCAAAUUGUACUUAGUUUUUUAUAAUUUCACAUUACCCUGUCAUCCGAUUAUAGUUGGAUCAAAUCAUCACAUCAUUGUAACCUUUAGGUGUCUAACUAAAUAUAUAUAUAAAAGUGUCUUUUGCUCUAGUUUAUAUACAAGCCUUUAAAUUUAGAUUGUGUAACUCCUCUUACUAUAUACUUUGUACUUCCUCUGAUUUUAAAGCCAGUCUAACCAGAAAUCAUAUAAGUCUAUUCCUAAGUCUUAACUGUCUUCAAUUCGAUUCAAUCCGAUUUAAUAAAGCUAAACGAGCAAAAUA